CCGGAACGUUCUGGAGAACUUAUCUGCAGAAACCGUAUGCUUGAACUCGACGGACAAGUGGCACAAUUUCUGGACCAGAUGUUCAAAGCCGUCAAGGAUGGAAGAAUUCCCAAGGGCAAUCCGUUCAACGAUCUUUUCGACCAACAGAAAGAAGACAAGAAGUAUAGCCUCGACUACCUUCACCAGAUGGCGAAAGAGCUAUACUCGACGCUCAGCAGGACCAUCCACAACUUCAAGUCGUCGCGAGACUUCAAUCAGUACACGAUAGUACCCGGUCAGUUUGAUCCCAUGCAGAUGGAUUUUAUGCGGGACAUGGAGCCAAAGAAGGAGAAUUUUUUAGCCGACGAGGGUCUAGAUUGGGAGAAGGAAAGAAGGCGAUAUCCGGGCCAAGUCUUGGAUGAUGCGACGAGAAGUGCGGUGCUGUCACCUGCGGCAGCAGUGAAGAACGAAAAGAAGAAGCAGCAGGAGGCACAAGCUGAAGAGCAGAAUGACAAAUCCACGCCGAUCCUGGGAGGAAGCAUAGAUAAGCAGCUUCUCGAAGAAAUCGAUCUUGCAAAGAGAAAUGAGGUCGACUUGAUGGCAGAGAGCAAUGAGGAGGACGGGUCUCUACAAGGCCGUCAAACUGUCGCGUUGGAGAAACUAGCGACAGUCAUAGCAGCAUAUCUGCAGGAUAGCGGAAAGCAGAAGUCGGAGGCAAGCUCAAUAGUCUUCGGGGAGGAGACGGAGGAUGAAGAUGAAGAUGAAGAAGAGGACGACGACGACGACGAGGAAGAAGACGGGGAUGGGAGAGCAUCAGGAAGACCGUAAAGAGCCUCAGUGUGAACCC